UGAAGAUCUUUGUUCCACUGUUAAAGCUUAUUUUGUGGAAUAACAACUUAAAAUAACAAAUGGUAUUGUUAAUGAAUUAAACAUCCAAUGGUGGCCGCCAGUAUUGCAAUUUCACUUUUCUCUUCUUCUUUUUUAUAUGAAACUAAAUUAUUACGGGAAAAGUGAAAGGAAUCUAAAUGAUGGAUUCUCCCCCCUGCGGAUAUAUAAAAGCCGGAAACUAAGCAAGAAGAAGAGCUAAGUUUUGCUUCAACCAGCAACUUAGAACAAGAAGAAAAGUGGGCAACCUUGAUGCUAGUCCAAACUAGUGGAGAGGUUGUUUGCUAAAGCUAGCUCCAAAUCCCCCUCAUCCCUCAAAACCCCAAAAAAAAAAAAAAAAGAUCAAAGUUCAUUUUGUACACAAUUAACAUCAGCUAAUCCCCCCAAAGAAAAAAAGAAAAAAAAGAAAAAUCAAGAAGCAAUUUUUUCUUUGCUUUGAUUGUUUGAUAAUGGCUCGUGGAAAGAUUCAGUUGAAAAAGAUCGAGAACCCGGUUCACCGGCAGGUGACGUUCUGUAAGCGCCGAGCGGGGCUUCUUAAGAAGGCUAAGGAGCUAUCUGUGUUGUGCGAUGCUGAAAUUGGCGUUGUCAUUUUCUCCGCCCAUGGCAAGCUCUAUGAAUUAGCCACCAAAGGGACCAUGCAAGGCCUGAUUGACAAGUACUCGAAAAUUAACUGUGGAGGAGCACCACCUGCACCACCAGCACCCGGCGAUCAACUUUCCAAAGAGAGAGACGAACCUCAACCUCUGGACCCAAAAGAGGAGAUUCACAAGCUCAAGCAAGAGAUUGAAGUACUCCAGAAAGGUCUAAGGUACAUGUCUGGAGGAGGAACAGGGACAAUGACCUUAGAUGAGCUAGAUGUACUUGAGAAGCAUCUUGAAAUGUGGAUAUAUCAUAUCCGUUCAGCAAAGAUGGAUAUCAUGUUUCAAGAGAUCCAGUUGCUGAAAAACAAGGUAAAAAUCAACUUUCAAGUCUUUGGUUUCAUAUGGAUGAUUUGAUCAAUUCAAAGUUUAGUUAGCCGUACGAAAAGGCUGAUAUUGUUCAAUGUUAUUUUAGGAGGGGAUACUGAAAGCAGCUAACAAGUACUUACAAGAAAAGGUAAUUAAAAACUUAAAAGUAACAAUUAACUUCUAGUACUUAUGAAGUAAUGACUUCUUUUUUAAUCCCAAAUAGAACUUGAUCUCCUCAAUUAGUAAUAGAUAUAUACAGUAAAAAUGCGCAGUGAAAUGGCUGAACAAUAUACUAAAAUACAACAAAACCCUCUCGACUACGUUACAUGGGAAAUCCAGCGAAAUGUUCGUGCCUUUUCACAUGUCUGUUAGGCUUUCACUAUCUAUAUCAUUUUUUUGAUGGUUUUUUUUUUGUUUUUUUUGUUUUUUCUUUUUUUUUACUUUUGCAGAUUGAUGAGCAGUACGAUCAGUAUAAUAUUACUGAGAUGGUACCUAUGAUGACUACUAACAUGCCAUGUCCACUAACUAUACAGAAUGAGAUUUAUCAGUACUAACUACUUAGGGCUUUCCAAAAAUUAAUAAUAAUGGUAUUGAAGAUUGUAUGAAGGCAUGAGAUUAGGCUUUGGCCAAUGUAUCUUCAGUAGCUAGCAAUGGGUAUGGUGAGUUCGAAAAAUAAGUUUGCAUAUUGCCAGAAAACUGUUUUUGAAAAUAUGCAACUUUGUGUGUAAUUCUAGUAUUCAAAUCGAACACUCCUUUGUGGUUUGUGAUGUAUAUUGACAAUAUCAGUUCUUGCUUCAAAUUUAUCUUACAUUUGCUCUAUGUAGAUCAGUAUAUGCCUUCUAAAAUUGAAGUUAAAGUAAAA